UUCAUAUGAUUUUUAUGUCUGUAUACAUAGGUCGAUCGCCGGCCGGCCAGCCCGGGCAAACUAAACAUAAACUCUUCUGUCUAUAUAUCUCAUGUCCUCAUAUCAUUGAUAUCUCGAUCGAGCAGUAAAUUAUAGAAUUAGAGCAAGUAGCUAGCUAAUAUGGGUCGCCAAGCAAGAAGAAGAGGUUCUUGUGCUUCUGCCUUGACGCUGGUAGCUUGGCUUCUCAUUAUUCUCCGGCUGCCGGCGCCGGCUUCGCCGGCGGGGGGCCCGGCCACGGCAGGAAAUGUGAUUGCCCGCUCGGCGCCGAACUUGAUAAAGUAUGCCCAAGAGUUGGCGAAGAAGAAGGCGGUCAGGUCAGGCGGAAGAGCUCUGAUCGAGAAGUAUUUGUCCUCCGGCAGCGGCGACCCCGGCGGCCAGGCCCUGACCGGGAUCCCGGCGGGGGCGUUCGAUGUCGCGGCGGACGGCAACUCCGGAGGGGUUUACCUCAGCACAAUGUUGCAUAUCACCUACCUCCAGCCGGAGGCCUACUACGCCGUGAGGCGGGCGCUGGUGAGCCAGAUCAAGUCGCAGGAAGUCAACGGCUCGGCGCUGUUCGGCGGCGUCUUCGACCUGUGCUACAACCUGCAGGCCGUGGCCGGGUUGACGUUCCCGAAGCUGACGCUGGUGUUCGACGGCUCGCCGACGCCGACGAUGGAGCUCACCACGGUGAACUACUUCUACAAGCACACCCCCACCGGGCUGCAGUGCCUGACCAUGCGGGAGACGCCGACAGAUGCACCGUUCAGCUCUAUCCUCGGCAGCCUGCUGCAGACGGGCACCAACAUGAUCUACGACAUUGCCGGCGGCUCGCUGACGUUCGAGAAGGGCGCGGCGUCGGCGCUCUCUUCGCAGGUGCCAUCCUCGGUCAUGGCGAUGGCCCCUCUAUACCUCGCGUGGGUGCUUCUCUUCUAGAUCGAUCAUCAUAUCAUAAUCAAGCUACUUCAUCAGUAUUCAAGGUUGAGUAAAUUGUUUUUCAAUAUAUAUACAUGCAUCAUGCAUAUAUAUAGUGUUUGCUUAAUUACGAGGGUGUGUAUUUCUGUAUGUGUGUUGGAGAAUCAACUCAAAGCUAAGACUAUCAGUGAAGAACAACUCGCAGCUACAAAAUGAACAGUUAUUUUUUUCGAAAGGAGGAAAACCGUCCAGCCUC